AUGUGGGCUAUCAUCUCUCAGAUUUGCAGCUUCUACACCGACAUUAUGGACUUCCUGUACUGGGAGGUGUACUAUGAGAUCUGUGACUUUUUCAUAGAGAGUUUAGUUGUCUCAAUCAUCACUAAACUCAGCUUAAUAGGUGUCUUCUUCGCCCUUGGUAUCUAUCUUCUCAACAAAGUGGACGAAUUGGAAAAGGUUGAAGCCAAAACACCAAUCGCCCCUACUUCCCCUCUGGUUUAUCCCGUCGCGACACCACUACCACGCCCGGACUCACCUAUACCUACAAUCUACUCUCCGCCAUAUGAAUUUCCUUUCGAGCACUUCCGUGGGACAGGCGAAUCUUUUACACCGUCUCGCCAAAACCUUCACGUUGAACGCCCACGAUAUAUUCCUCCAGUUACCUAUAAAGGCAGUACUUUUUUGAAAACUACCGAGAAUGUACAGAGGCCAGACGAAGGCAUCCCGGCAGUUGCAGAAGAUGCUGAACCUCCACAUGAGGAGGUUGAGCAAGCUCAACUAUUUCCUGACACCCCUUCGCCUCCACCCACAAGCAACAGGUCGACCUCGCUCCCGGAAACGGCGAGUAUCCAAACUCCUAUCCAAACUCCUCAAACUCCACAUCUUCCCGAACCCCCGAGCCCCAGAACCAUACGAGUGAACGCCCUGAAUCGGGUUGCCCAGGAGGAGCAUAAGAUUCAGGAGCAGAUGGUCAUUUUCCUCAACAUGAUCCCCACUGGUUCGGGAUACGAGCUCUCGGCCGCCCUUAUACUAGACCUUUUGUGCGAAGCAAAGGAGUAUCUGGAGCCACUCUUUCCAGAUGGAUUGAGUGGUGUUCCCACCGGUUAUCUCGUCUGGGGGCAAACAAUCAUCGAUUUCUGGAACGCCCUCUCACCAUAUGGCUGGGACUUUGUUAACCACCAAGACAGCAGAAUGCCUGAGUUCAUCAGGAGGUAUCUCAAUCUUGCGAUUUGGUUCGGUUUGGAAGAACGCCUCAGCGAGUUCCUUUUCGUGCCACCGUUUAUUCCUAGGCCUGUGUCUGAGUCUGUUCCUAUUCCCGAGCCUAUACCUGAGCCCAUUGUUGAAGAUGUUCCUAUUACCGAACCUAUACCUGAGGCUACACCUGAGCCCCUACCUGAGCCUGUUAUGAGUAUUACCGAGGCUAGGCCUCAGUUCCAAGAGCAAAUGAGAGUGGCUCCAGUCUCCUCCUCCGCCACAUCACCACCACCACAGCCAGAACAUUCUGCUCCACAGCCAGAUUCCGCUCCAGCUACCUACACAUAUACGAUGUCAACGGUCCCGACGAACUUCUCGUACCAGAAACCCAGCCAAAAGUCUGACCCGCUACCAAACCCAUCAUCCACCUUGCCUGCAGAUGAUGCAGCACCCGCAAUCCCGGUCCAAGAGACUGUGCAACCUCCACAGAAGGAACAGUCUACAACGAUAACUAGCUUUUCUCCUCUCAAUUUUACGUACAUACCAUCAAAUCCUGUGAACCCCUCCCAUCGGAGAAGUAACAGGACAUCCAAGCCACCACUCACAAAGCCAUCACGACCCUCGCAAGCACGUCAAAAGCAACCUGCCGAGCCACCCAAACCCACUCCAGUCGACCCCAACCUCCUCGACUUCACCGACCCAAAGUGGUCCAACAAACCCACCCCCGAACUCCUCACGCUAACCUGGUCCUCCUUCUCCUUCCCCACCCCCAGCGCCGCAGCCCUAAAACUCUGGUCUCACUCCACCAUGGGCCGUCUCUCGCUCCCGGAACCCCGCACAAAAAUCCUUACCUCAGACUACAUAAAGUCGAACCUCGAAACCAUAGCCCUCGAGUUCAAACGCGCCGCUGCCAUCCUCAGACUCCAGGCGCUCGACUGCGAAAAGCCGUGUGAGGAUGAUCUAGGCAUGUCGCCGCUGUUCGGGGAAGUCAUGUUGUUGAUUGUCCAGGCGGCGAAUUUCACGGAGCGAUGCGAUGAGUUGUGUGUUUGGGAUGCGCGGGAUAAUUGGUAUCAUUCUUGUGUUUUUUUCCGCGAUGCCGUGGUUCAGGAUGAGAGGGUUUGGGGUGCGCUUUAUUAUCCGGAUGUUGAGAUUUGA